AACUGCGGUAGAAGACACCACUUUCGUCAAUGGCAGACAUUCAAAUGAGAAGAGCAUCAAUGCUUCACCAGCUAUUGUCAUUGACAUUUGGUUUCCCACGGCAAAGACACAGUGCGGUACAAACGUGAUCUCGCACCCCCACUCUUUCCCACAAUGUCACUCAGCAAAUAUUGUCUUUUGUUGUGAUUUGACUCCAGUCACAGAGCCGUGCUCUCAUCUCGCAAUGUAUCGCGCAGCCGUUGUAUGUCAUGGCUGAAUCUGCCGGAGAUCCCUCCACAGCGACCAAAGUGCGCAACGAGCGUCCCUUCCUUUAUCCGUGGAACCGCCGUCUGCGUCAUUGGCAUGGUGUCUCACUGCGCAAUCUUCAUGUGACGGCUCCGACCCCACGAAAGAAUACAAAGACAUCAACAGACGAUGAGGCUCCCUACAACCUCACCUCGCCUGCGAAACGAGCCCUGGAGGACGACGUAAAGCCUCUGUCCCAGUCGCGCUCCUUCACCGAUUUGUCGACCGCGAAUGAUGGCCAACCUACGCCCGGCAUUUUUCACAAGGCCGCCACUUCCUAUGCGGCAGAUGGAAAACAAUCCAGUCGGCCGGCGGCGGGCCGGUUGCGCAGGAGAAGCACACUGCAUUGGAGCUCGGCAAGCCCACUGGCGCGUCAGUCGAAACUCGAAGACAUGGUUGUGAACCGCCUGGCUGAUACCUGGGUGUCCAUACACUGUCCAGGUGUUGAGGAACCCAUCUACAUAAGCGAGGUAAUUGAGCGCUCCAUGAAUCCGAGCUUUGCCUCCUUUGACUUAGACGGCACCGGUCCUCAAGCGACUCGGUCGGAUGAAGCUACCAUUCGAGUUUGGGCCAAGAGCGCUGGUGCGGAGGAAUAUUGCCUACUUGUUGAUUUCGAGUUCAAUCUGAGGUCGCUGCAAUUCGUCGGUCGCAACCUCGAGAACUUCCAUCAUCCACUACCACAAAACUGCAUCUUGCUCCACCUAUCCGAUGGGAUAUACACCAGCUUUACCGAUCUGCCUCCGGACUCGCAUCCAGAGAUUGAACAUUCGGUCGACCACAAGGCUGGUUCGAACAAGCCAGGUUCUACAUUCGAUUCCCUCAUGCAACUUGCCAACCUGGAAGAGUGCAUUCAAGACGCUGUUAAGGUCAGAUCGCAGCUAGAAGAUGAUAUCAACAAGCUGAUCGCCGAUGCUCACCUUCUCGAGGUGGGAGACGAGGUAGGUGCUGAACUCGAUGACGAUGACCCUCAGAUUCAGCCAGCUUUGACAGCCGAACAAAAACAUUUACGGCAAUUGACUAAACGACGCGACGAGCUGAGAGACUCUUUGGACGAGCGACGGCGGCUCCUUGCAGAAUGUCGUGAAGCUGAAGUGAAGACCCAAGCGCUCGUGGACGAGAGAACCAAAGAUUGCAAAGACGUGCAGACCCAAAUAGACCAGGUGGAAAAGGAUACCAACGGUCAGAUACGACGAAUAUGCGAGACCAUCCUCGCCAUCUUUCCGAUCGAACCAGUCAAAGGACGAACUCUACAAUUUACCAUUCGGGGAAUUCACCUUCCUAAUUCUGUCUACAACGACACGAAUCGAGACGAGAUAGCUGCCGCUUUGGGAUUCACGGCACAGGUGGUCUAUCAACUGGCACUUUAUCUGUCUAUACCCUUGCCGUACCCAAUCGAGCCAUAUGGUUCUGCAUCUUUCGUUUCCGACCCGAUAUCGAUUGGACUGAGUCAGCGGAGGUAUCCUCUCCAUCCAACAACAGUACCAUACAAAUUUGAAUACGGGGUCUUUCUUCUCAACAAGGAUAUCGAAUUCCUUAUGAACCGAGUAGGGUUACGUGUGUUGGACAUUCGCCAUACCUUACCCAACCUCAAAUAUCUGCUGUAUGUGCUGACGGCUGGUACGGGCGAGUUGCCGGCUCGUAAGGCUGGAGGUGUCCGAGGUCUGAUCGCCGGCCGCAUGAGUAUGGACAUGUCGCGAAGGACAAGUGAAGACAGCGUGCAGAGUCUUCCAGCAUCGCUGAGACGACACGUAGCCGACACAAGGACGAAUGGAGGCCUUGUUUCCAGCAAGGAGAAAGAGAUUGACGAUCCUUUUGUGUCGGUUUCCCCAGGUACUGGCCUGCCGUACCAACAAGGUCUCCCAUGAAUUUCAGCGAGAUGGAAUGAUUCAUUGAAACAAUGGAAAACAUUCCUCAAAUCACAAUUGACACGUAUGCUGCCUUCGUUCCC